AUGGAGAACAAAUAUUUAGUGUGGUGCAUGUUUUUUUGUUUAACGGUUGUGGGGGGCAAAGCUAAUGCAGUGAAAACAACGCUAAAGAAAGAAACGAAUUGCCACACAACUGUUAAAGCACUGUUCAACAAACGUGAAAACUGUCAUGAUCUGGCCUCCGAUGCAACGAAAAUAAAUGAGGAUGUUGACAUCGGAACAGAUGCAGAUAGAUGGACUGCUUGCACAUGGUUAGAAUAUGAUAAGAGGCGUACGGAGACACAAUGCAUAUUGAGGUUUAACAACACAUAUGGAGAGAAAUUAGUAUGCACCUACGAAACAAAGGGCAAUCGCCAAGACCUAAGUUGCAAACCAGAGGGUCGUUGCGAAGACGCUCGCGAGCGGUACCUUUUAGGGGAAGAAGGAUGUCCGAAGCCUGCACCACGUGAAGAACCAAAAAGAAACAAAACCGAAAGGUGUCUUGAUGAGGUUUAUGGGUCAUUCAGCGGUGACCAGGAGUGUGCGAAACUUAAAAUAGGAAGCGAGGUCGCCGAGCAAAUUAUAUUCAGGGAGAACGGAGAUGACAAAACACCAGAAUGUAUAGAAGCAAGUGGCCCCCCAGAGUCGAAAGUGGUUGGAGAAGCAUGCGUAAUAAAGUUGCGAACCGAGCCACACCCAUCAGAAUAUAUUUGCAAAAUGGAGGGUUCUGGUGAGGAAAGGAAAAUAAAAUGCACAAGAGAAACAUCGAAAACAGUUCCUCAACCUACGACCACAAGGAAGAGACGAGGCAGUACUGGAUCCAUGCGCAAAAGAAGUGACGACGGUGGUAACACUGAGGUCACCCUGAAAGAAGAUAAAGACAAAACACAAGAUGAGGAUGAAGGCCAAAAAGAAGAAAGAAAAGAAGAAAGCGGUGAAGAAACUGGUACAGCAAAAGCUCGAAUCAAAAGCAAAACUUAUUGGAAAUCAAAUAAUCCUAUUAUCAUGCUUUUAACACUUUCGUUAUUGUUGCUUUAA